GCUGAAACUGAAACUGCCCAAGGCGUCAGCAGAUUCUGCUCUUCAGACCUUUUCGGACUUUUGUCUGUCUGUAGGCUACUUCUGCUGCUUCAACAACUGGCUGCACUGAGAAUUGUGCUAAUUUUUCUUCUUCCUCUGCGUUUCAAUACUUUUACAACAUCUCAUUGGAAUACACCACCAACUGUUUCAGAGUUUGCCAUUCUUUGGACACUGAACAUCUAUGCGGAGUCAUAAUUCUUGUUUGACCACGUCGUGUAAAUGCCCUAAAUGACCAGACUUGAGAAAACGCAUCGAAGUUCCAAUGUGAUGAAUCUGUACAAGAGGAAAAUUACUAGGCUAAGAUGGGUAAUAAGCAAACGAUAUUUACUGAUGAACAGCUAGACGCUUACCAGGACUGUACCUUCUUCACACGGAAAGAGAUCCUCCGGUUACAUGGGCGAUACCAUGAGCUGGCUCCACACCUAGUACCCAUGGACUACACCAACGAGCCUGAUGUUACAAUACCCUUAGCUCUUAUAGUCAGCAUGCCGGAACUAAAUGAGAACCCGUUCAGGAACAGGAUCGUGGAGUCCUUCUCUGAGGACGGAGCGGGGAACCUGAGCUUCAACGACUUUGUGGAUAUGUUCUCUGUCCUCAGUGAGACAGCCCCCAGGGAGCUCAAGGCCAUAUACGCCUUCAAAAUAUACGAUUUCAAUGUGGAUAACUUCCUGUGUAAGGAGGAUCUGGAGAAGACUUUGAACAAGCUGACGAGGGAGGAGUUGAGCCCUGAAGAGGUCACCCUGGUCUGUGAGAAGGCCAUCGAAGAGGCUGACCUAGACGGAGAUAGCAAACUGUCCUUCGCCGACUUUGAAAACAUGAUCACCAGGGCCCCUGACUUUUUAAGUACCUUCCACAUAAGAAUCUGAAAGGGCUCCUUGGAAAGGUCUAUAUUCUGAUUUUAUGGCAGAGAUCCUGACCAUGCAAAAAACACUGCCCACACACACCCUGACCACAGCACAGUGCCUCUCUGUGGCUACAGACUCUCCCUGGAUGUCUGUCUGUAGAGAUGUCAGCUGAACCAGGAACAGACUGGCUUCAUUCUCACUAUGACCCUGGAUCUCUUCAGUUUGGUUGUCCUCUCUUAGACACACCCACAUCCUCUUUGGCCUCCUGUGUUUCCUCUUCAUUAGCCUUACUUGUUUUUCCUCUGUUUGGUUUGAGGAUGUCGUUUAGUUUUUUUGUUGACGUUUAUAUGUCGUAGUAAUUUUAUUACUAGAGCCUCUGAUGGAACGAUGAUGCUUUGUAUGUUUUCUUAAAACGACAGAGAAACAGAAGGUGAAAUGGUGAAACGAGAGAAACAGAAGGUGAAAUGGUGAAACGACAGAGAAACAGAAGGUGAAAUGGUAAAACGACAGAGAAACAGAAGGUGAAAUGGUGAAACGACAGAGAAACAGAAGGUGAAAUGGUAAAACGACAGAGAAACAGAAGGUGAAAUGGUGAAACGACAGAGAAACAGAAGGUGAAAUGGUGAAACGACAGAGAAACAGAAGGUGAAAUGGUGAAACGACAGAGAAACAGAAGGUGAAAUGGGAGCCUUUAUAAACUGUUCCUCCCCACUCAAACCCAGACCCUGGAGGAGUACAAGCAGAUCCACAGAAACAUUCCCCUUGUGCCUCAGGUCUCCUUAAUGAACGGAUGAGGACCAUCUACAGCCCUGGAGGAGUACAAGCAGAUCCACAGAAACAUUCCCCUUGUGCCUCAGGUCUCCUUAAUGAACGGAUGAGGACCAUCUACAGCCCUGGAGGAGUACAAGCAGAUCCACAGAAACAUUCCCCUUGUGCCUCAGGUCUCCUUACUCAGGUCUCCUUAAUGAACGGAUGAGGACCAUCUACAGCCCUGAGAGGUCAGGAGCUGGAACAUGCCUGGUUGAAACCUGCCUGGUGUACAUUAUACAAGACCAGACGACAGAGAGAGAGCACAGACAGAGAGAGAGCACAGACAGAGAGAGAGCACAGACAGAGAGAGAGCACAGACAGAGAGGACAGCGCUGCACUAUUUACUCAUCACGCGUAUAAAACAUAAUCUGUUUCUCCUGUUGUUAGUGAAUUGUUGGGUCAUUUCUAUGUCUUGUCCAAAAUGGCAACCUAGUCCCUUGAUAGUGCACUAGUUUUGACCCGGGCCAGUAGUGCACUAUCUAGUGAAUAGGGUGCCAUUUGGAACUCCCUCCUGCUCUUGAUGAAUUUCUCCGGACAUUUCUAUGUUCUGUUGUUGCUAUAAUUAAUGAUGACGACAUCACACCUGACUGUUCUCUAGUUCUCAUGAAGACAUGUACCCAUCUCUACUAUCUCUACCAUAGCCUCAGACAUCUCUACUGCUACCAGUCUCUUACCCCUCUCCUCUGGGGACCCUCAGACAUCUCUACUGCUACCAGUAUCUUACCCCUCUCCUCUGGGGACCCUCAGACAAUUCACAAUGUUGAUAUAGCCCUGAAGUAGCUCACCUGAUUCACCUAUAAGGGCCUGAUUAUUAGUUGACAAGUUGAAUCAGGUGUGCUAGCUGUGGUAUAGGUAAAAUACGUUGAAUGUCUGGGAGUCCAAGAGGAGAGGUUUGGAACAGCUGGGGGUCACCGAGGAGAGGUUUGGAACAGCUGGGGGUCCCCGAGGAGAUGUUUGGAACAGCUGGGGGUCCCCGAGGAGAGGUUUGGAACAGAUGAGGGUCUCAGAGGAGAGGUUCGGAACAGCUGGGUGUCCUGAGGAGAGGUUUGGAACAGCUGGGGGUCCUGAGGAGAGGUUUGGAACAGCUAGUUGUCCUGAGGAGAGGUUUGGAACAGCUGGGGGUUUCAGAGGAGAGGUUUGGAACAGCUAGGGGUCCCAGAGGAGAGGUUUGGAAAAGCUGGGGGUCUCAGAGUAGAGGUUUGGAACAGCUGGGGGUCCCAGAUGAGAGGUUUGGAACAGCUGUGGGUCCUGAGGAGAGGUUUGGAACAGCUGGGGUUCCCAGAGGAGAGGUUUGGAACAGCUGUGGGUCCUGAGGAGAGGUUUGGAACAGCUGUGGGUCCUGGUCCUGAGGAGAGGUUUGGAACAGCUGUGGGUCCCGAGGAAAGGUUUGGAACAGCUGUGGGUCCUGAGGAGAGGUUUGGAACAACUGUGGGUCCUGAGGAGAGGUUUGGAACAGCUGUGGGUCCUGAGAGGAGGUUUGGAACAGCUGGGGGGUCUCAGAGGAGAGGUUUGGAACAGCUAGUUGUCCUGAGAAGAGGUUUGGAACAACUGGGGUUCCCAGAGGAGAGGUUUGGAACAGCUGGGGGUCUCAGAGGAGAGAUUUGGGACAGCUGGGGGUCCUGAGGAGAGAUUUGGAACAGCUGGGGGUCUCAGAGGAGAGGUUUGGAACAGCUGGGGGUCUCAGAGGAGAGGUUUGGAACAGCUAAUUGUCCUGAGAAGAGGUUUGGAACAGCUGGGGGUCCAGAGGAAAGGUUUGGAACAGCUGGGGGUCCAGAGGAGAGGUUUGGAAAAGCUGGGGUUCCUAGAGGAGAGGUUUGGAACAGCUGGGGGUCUCAGAGGAGAGGUUUGGAACAGCUAGUUGACCUGAGGAGAGGUUUGGAACAGCUAGUUGUCCUGAGGAGAGGUUUGGGACGGCUGGGGGUCCCAGAGGAGAGGUUUGAGAACCCCUGUCUUACCCGCUUUAUCAAGCCAUCCACCAUUCACAUCUUUAUACAGUGAUUCUCUGAUUAAUACAAAUGUUCCUGUAUUUAAACUCCUUGUUAUUGUCUCUUAAAUAAACAUUUUUCAGUAUUUGAUGUGAAUUUGGGGCAUUUGGCUUAACUUUAAUAAACAAAUUUUCUGUG